AUGGAUGGGAAAACAACGAUCAACCUAGAGGUCGAUAGCUCCAAAACCAUCGACCUCAAAAUCGACGAAGACCCGACGAGCUGUCGAAAUAUUCCACAGGACAUUCGUCAUAGUAAAGUCAUGCAGAUUUUUAUAAAGACAGUGGGUGAAAUAACAAUGAUCAACCUAGAGGUCGAUAGCUACAAAAUUAUCGACCUCAAGAUCGAUGAAAACCCAAUCCGUCCAAAUAAUGGGCCGGACUUUCGUCAUGGUGAAGGCAUGCUUAUUUUUAUUAAAACUUUGACGGGAAGGAGAAUCGUCUUAGAGGUGGAAAACCGCGAUACAAUUGAAAACGUCAAGGCCAAGAUCCAAGAUAAAGAAGGCAUCCCGGUGGGCAGGCAGAGGCUGAUGUUUAAAAGCAAGCAACUCGAAGAUGGUCUCACCGUAGCCGACUACAACAUCCAGAACGACUCGAUCCUUCACUUGAUACUACUGCCUCACUAAGAUUGGAGUUUUAUAUUCGUAUUUCUAUUUUCUUGUUAAAGACAAUGUAACUAGUGGAUUUUUAAUGAAUUCAAGAUGUUUUGUAUCUUGUUUAUGCUUAAUUUCUUUCUUUAAAAAAAAUGCAAAUUAUUUACUAGUCUUUGUAUCUUUCUUG